UCUACUUCCCAUUCUGCGGCAUACAUGGUUGUGGUACGGUACGUAGAUACCUCGCGCUGUUACUGCAAAGUUACAGAUCAUUAACCGAAAUGGAUUCACAUAAAUCUCGGUGUAUUUCGUCCUCGGAUUCCCCUGGUCCGCAAUGGGGAUCACCAGCGCUUGCAUCUUCAGCUAGCUUUCCUCCAGCGUUAAGGCCUUAUCAAAGUCCGAUGAUAGAGCAACCAUAUCGAAGUACACCGCCACUUCAAGGAUAUCGAAGCAACGAUGGAGUCUUUAGAACCUGCAGAACCUUCGGAGGAAGUGCAGGACCACAUCCACAGUUUAGUUGCUCUCCUCAGUUCAUACGGUCGCCAGGGCAAAUGUUCCGAACACCUCAACCUCAGCUACAUCAUCGAAAUGAUUCACCAACGAGUCGGCCAUGGACAGCAGAUAACCGAUCAAAACAACGUGGACUUCGUGGUAGAUUUGGGAACUUACAGAACCCACGAAGCAGUCCUAAUAUAAAUCCAGGUGGGAGCAACGACAUUACACAAUACUACAGCCCUUCUAUGAUGGAAGAUCCAUGGGCAUCGACACCUCCUCGACCUGUGAAUUAUUGGCGAAAAAAUAUCACUCAUUCACAAAAUACAUGACAAUAUUUUAGGACAAACUAAAAGUGUUUGUUUUACCAUUACCAUUAGCAAGAACUGUGCAUAGCACUUGAGAUUUGUUGCUUGAAAAAGCUUCUCAUUGUGUACAGACCUUUCUUAAAGUUUUUAUAUGGCCAUCCAGAACUUGUCAGCUGCACAAGUAAAACAGAUCUGAUACCUUAUGCGAUGUUAUUCAUAUUUGGAGAAAAAAUUAUCAGCUUGCAGUAAAUUUGAGUGAGUAAAUGUUUGUGUAGAAAAUAUUCUAAUUGAAUAUCAGCAUUGAAAAAACAGUUUACACUAUCUGUGGUGUUGUCAGAACUUCUUUCUUUCAAAAGUCCCUGUCCAAGAAAUGAUUACACAGGAUUUCAGCUCUGGGCUGGUUGUACUUGAGUACAAAUAAUAAUUGUUAGUAAUGUAAGAGACUGUAGAAUAGUAUAUCACUAUAGUGUUUACAUAAUGAUUUAAGGUAGAAGGUAUGGCUAAAGCUUUUGCAUAUGUGCAUAGAUAGAAGAGAGGGGUGAUAGUGCAAAUGAGUGUUAGAAACAGGAAUAUAGAUUUAGCACAAAAAAGGUUAUUUUCUGGGGGGAAAAGUCAUUGAGUAAUAUGAUUCAACUUUGUCAGUUAAUAUGUAAUGGCAGGGAAACGGCUAUACUUAGAUUGAGUUAUGUGAAUACAAGAAAGAUAUUUUAGAAAUUAAGAAAGAUAAGGAUUUGUGAGCAAAGUAAAUUAUAUAUUUUUUAAAAUGAAAGAAUGCGAGUUCAUAUGUGUGCAUGCGAAUGUCCAGUAAUAUGGUUAUAUACAUGAUUUGUUUUGAGAAUCUUACUUCAAGAUAAUAUUAAAAUCUGUAAUAUUAAAAGCAAAAGACAGCAAUACAGAUACAGUGUACAACAUCAAUGUAUUUUUGUUGCAUAGUUAACAGAUUGCUAAAUUAAAUAUUGCACA